UAAAAUCCCUCCAAUCAGAGGCUCAGUGCGGGAAGUUUGAAUCUUGCAAAGGCUCAGUUUGUUGGUGUUCCUGCUUCGGAGAUAGCUGUGGUCUUCCAGACCGGGAGAGUUCCUUUAUUUUUGGUUUGGUUGCGGUUUCACGCUAAAAGCUACCUCAGGAUGUCUUCAUCACAUUUUGCCAGUCGACACAGAAAGGAUUUAAGCACUGACAUGAUUAGAACUAAAAUUGCUCAUAGGAAAUCACUGUCUCAGAAAGAAAACAGACAUAAAGAAUAUGAACGAAAUAGACACUUUGGUUUGAAAGACGUCAACAUUCCAACCUUGGAAGGUAGACUUCUUCUUGAAUUAGACGAGACGUCUCAAGAGCUUGUUCCAGAAAAGGGCAAUGUCAAGCCAAGGUCAGUGAAAACUCUUCUAGGUGAUCAACGGAAACAAAUGCUCCAGAAAUACAAAGAAGAAAAGCAACUUCAAAAAUUGAAAGAGCAGAGAGAGAAAGCUAAACGAGGAGUAUUUAAAGUGGGUCUUUAUAGACCCGAUAUGCCUUGUUUUCUUUUAUCAAGCCAGAAUGCUAUGAAAGCUGAGCCAAAAAAGGUUGUUCCAUCUUUUGUACGGAUGACAAGGUCAAGGACCAAAGACCAAAUGGAGCUGACUAAGAUCGAUAACGGGAGCGAUGUUCGAGUAACUCGAUCUAGUCAAAGACAAACUUCUGAAAAGAAGAUGUUGGACAAAGAGAAGAAAGCUGUACAGCCUGUAAUGCCCACGGUGGUGAGAAUGACUCGAUCAGCUACUCAAGCAGCAAAGCAAAUUGCCAGAACAGUCUCUUCUACUACAACAAGAAAGCCAGUGACAAGAGCUACUAAUGAUAAUGAAGUAGAAAGAAAAACAACAAAUCAAGGAAGACCUGCCAAAAAUAUAGAAACUAAACUUGACAAGGUCAUUUCUUUUCAAGUCGAUAGUGAAGAAAAUAAUUUGGAUUCACAAACCAGUGCAACAAAUGGAGUGGAUCCAGAUGGAGUCUUAUCAAAAAUGGAUAACUUACCUAAGACAAAUACUGCAAAAAAGAAAGGAAAGAAUUCCUUUGCACCCAAAGAUUUUAUGUUUCAGCCACUAGAUGGUCUGAAGACCUAUCAAGUUACACCUAUGACUCCCAGAAGUGCCAAUGCUUUCUUGACACCCAGUUACGCCUGGACCCCUUUAAAAACAGAAAUUGAUAAGACUCAAGAAGCACCAAAAGAAAUUUUGGCACAAAAAUUUAAAACUUACUCUGCCAAGACAGUCCAUCAAGAUUCAAAUAAAUUGCGAUGUCCUCUGGAUUCUCUAACAGUUUGGAAUAAAGACAAUGUCUUAAAUAAAAAUGAAACUACUAAAAAUUCAAAUGGCCUUCCAAUAAAAGAAGUCCCAUCACUUGAAAUACAUGAAGACCAGGUACCUCAGCCACAGCAUGAUGUGCCAUAUUUCAGAAAUAUUCUCCAGUCGGAAACUGAGAAAUUAAGUUCAUACUGCCUUGAGUGGGACAGGAAGCUUGAAUUGGACAUUCCAGAUGAUGUUAAAGAUCUUAUUCGCACAGCAGUUGGCCAAACAAGACUCCUCAUGAAAGAAAGGUUCAAACAGUUUGAAGGACUGGUGGAUGAUUGUGAAUAUAAACGAGGUAAAAAGGAGACUACCUGUACAGAUCUGGAUGGAUUUUGGGAUAUGGUUAGUUUUCAGAUAGAAGAUGUAAACAAAAAAUUCAACAAUCUGACCAAACUUGAGGAAUCUGGAUGGCAAAACAAUACUAUAAACAAAAAGGUCGUUCGGAAAAAAGUUGUCUCGUGUAUAGCAAGUAAACCAAAACAGGAUGAUGGUGGAAGAAUUGCAGCAAGAAAUCGCCUAGCUGCGAUAAAAAAUGCAAUGAGAGAGAGAAUUAAGCAGGAAGAACACGCUGAGGCAGCAGCCUCUGUAAUGCCAAAGGAAGUUGAUAAAAUUGUGUUUGAUGCUGGAUUUUUCAGAGUUGAAAGUCCCGUUAAAUCGUUCUCAGGACUUUCUAUCUCUUCUGAACGUCUUUCUCAAAGGCUUAGAACACCUAACUCUGUCAGCAAAGCUGUGUCUGAGAGCAGGGCUGAGGUGGGCCCUCUAAGACAAACUACAUCACCAGAGACUCCUGAUCCUCAGAGUACCGGAAGUGAACAUGGUGAUAAGACUUCACUUUCAAAUAUUCCUGAAAACAGGAACAACUUAAUAGAAGAUGUUCAUUGUCCUAGAUUACAAGAUUUAAUUGAAGUAAACCAUGACGUAAAUGAGAUAAACUUUGAAAUGGAUUGUUUACCCAGUGAAGGAAUGAAUUUGCCUCUACAUCCUAGUGAAGUGGCAUAUAAUAUUAAUGCUAACAAAAAAGAAGAAAUUUCAGAUGUUGUAGAGGGAAUGGAACUAAAUUCUUCAAUUACAGCACAGGAUGUUUUGAUGAGUAGCCCUGAAAAAAGUAUAUCCUCACAUAAUAACAUCUCACAGGAAGAAGAAACUAAAACUUCUCAGUCAGUAUUAUUUGAUAAUAAAAGUCUCACUACUGAAUGCCAUCUUCUCGAUUCAAUUACUUAUUUGGAAGCUCCCAAGCCUUUAUUUUCAGUGACCUCUUUCUUCUAAGUCUACUUCAGAUAUUAGCCUUUCUGUGAAACCGUCCUGUAAAAGCUCUCAUCUCUUGCAUGUUGCUUUAUAUAUAGACACAGGCGCCCAUAGGCAUACAAUGCAUACAAUGCACAUAUUCAAUAUCUUAUUAAGAGAAUAAUAUGAAUAUAUUCCUAAAACAUAAUUUCAGGAAUCUAUUUCCUUUAUUAACUGUACAUUUUUCUGUAGGCCGAGCUGUCUGAUUCAUACUCAUGAAUGCAGGCACUGUAGCAUGAAUGAAAAUAUGCUCUCCUGCCUACCAAGUGUUUAUAGCAUUGGUUUUAGCCCUACCUCCAGAUUUUUUUGUUGUUGUUUUAAUGAUCUGGAGCAGGACCUUCAUCAGGUGAUUUUAAUUUUAGCCAGGGUUAACAACUGUGCUAUAAAGCCUUGCCUUGAGAUUUUCCAGGGCCCACUGCCAAAAUGAGUCAGGGAACUCAAUGAAAUGGAGCUAAGCAACCUACCAGAUAAAGUGUUGAAAGUAAUCAUCAUAAAGAUGCUCACCGAACUUGGGAGAAGAAUCGAUGAAUUCAGUGAGAACUUCAACAGGGAGGUAGAAAAUAUAAAAAAAUGCCAAACAGAAGUUAUAACUGAAAUUAAAAAUAUACUAGAGCGAUUCAACAUCAGACUGGAUAAAGGUGAAGCACAAAUCAGUGAGCUGAAAGGCAAAGCAAUGGAACACACACAGCAGAGCAGCAAAAUGAAAAAAUAAUUUUAAAAAGUGAGGAUACCUUAAGGGACCUCUGGGACAACAUCAAGUAGAAUGCAUUCACAUUGUAGGAGUCCCAAAAAGAGAAGAAAAAGGACCAGAAAAAAUAUUUGAAGAAUUAAUGGCUGACAGUGUCCCUAAUCUGGGAAGAAAGGAAACAGACAUUUAGAUCCAGGAAGCCCAGAGAGUAAGACAAAUAAAUAAGAUGAAUGCAAAGAGAACCACACCAAGACACAUUAUAAUUAAAAUGACAAAAGUUAAAGAGAGAAUCUUAAAAGCAGCAAGAGAAAAACAAUUUAUUACACACAAGGGAAACCCAUAAAGCAGAAACGUUAUAAGCCAGAAGGGUAUAGCAUGAUAUAUUCAAAAUAUUGAAAGGAAAAAAAUUUCCAACUAAUAAUUCUCUACUCAGCAGGGUUGUCAUUCAGAAUUGAAGAAGAGAUUAAGAGUUUUCCAGCUAAAAAAACCCUGCAAAAAAUGUUAAAGGGAUUUCUCUAAGCUGAAAAGAAAAGGCACUAAUUAAUAAAAUAAAAACAUGAAAGUAAAAAUCUCACUGGAAAAUGUAAAUGUAUAGGAAAGGUAGUGGAUCAACCAUUUAAAAACCAAGUGUGAAGGUUUAAAGACGAAACUACUAAAAUUAACUAAAAUUAUUAUAUUUAGUUAAGGGAAGCAUAAAAUAAAAAGUCGAAUGUGUUAUCAAAAACAUAAAACCUGUGAGAGGAUCAAAAAUGCAAAGCUUUGGAAUGUGUUCAAAUUUAAGUUGCUAUCCACUUAAAAGAGACAUAUAUAUAUAGGAUGUUAUAUGUGAACCUGUUGGUAAUCACAAAGAAAAAACUUAGAGUCAGCACACACACACACAAAACGAGAAAGAAAUCUAAACAUAACACUAAAGAAUGCCAUUAAACCACAAGGGAAGAGAGGAACAGAGAGGAUCUAUAAAAACAGCCAGAAAACAAUUAACAAAAUGGCAAUAAGUACAUACUUAUUAACAAUUACUUUAAAUGUAAAUGGACUAAAUUCACCAAUCAAAAGAUACAGAGGGGCUGAGUGGAUAAAAAGACAAGGCUCAUCUAUAUGCUGCCUCCAAGUGACUUCAGAAAUAAGGACACACAAAGACAAUGUGAAGGGAUGGAAAAAGAUAUUCCUUGCAGAUGGAAACAGAAAGAAAGCUGGUGUAGCUAUACUCCUAUCAAAAACAACAAAAAUAGACAUUGAAACAAAGAUUGUAAUAAAAGACAAAGAAGGGUACUAUGCAAUGAUAAAGGGGUCAAUCUAGCAAGAAGCUAUAACAUUUAUAAAUAUAUAUGAACGUAGCACAGGAGCACCAAAAUGUAUAAAGCUAAUAUUAACAGACUUAAAAGGUGAAAAUGAAAGCAAUACAAUAACAGAUGGGAGAUUUAUAGCAAUGAAUAGAUCAUCCAGACAGAAAAAUCAGUAAGAAAAUAUCAGACUUAAAUGAUGUAUUAGACCAGGUGAACUUAAUAGAUAUCUCAAGUUUGCAUGGACCAUUCUCCAGGUUAGACCAUAUGUUCCCAAAUCUCAAUAAAUUCAAGAUUGAAAUCA